AUGAAAGAAAAAUCGAAAAAUGCAGCACGAAGUCGACGUGAAAAAGAAAAUGCUGAAUUUUUUGAAUUAGCAAAACUUUUACCAUUACCACAUGCAAUUACUGAUCAAUUGGAUAAAGCAUCAGUUAUUCGUCUUACAACAAGUUAUCUUAAAAUGCGUGCUUUUAUACCCGAAGGUCUUGGCGGUGUAUGGGGUUCCAGAUCUUUAUCACAAACAGCAAUUGAACGUGAAGUUAAUUCACAAUUAACACAGAUUUUGGAUGGUUUUUUAUUUGUUCUUGGUCCUGAUGGUAAAAUAAUGUAUAUAUCUGAAACGGCAUCAACACAUUUAGGUUUAUCACAAGUUGAAUUAACAGGAAAUUCUAUAUAUGAAUAUAUUCAUCCAAUUGAUCAUGAAGAAAUGGCUAAUGUAUUAACAGUACCAUUACCAACAUAUUGUACAAAUAAUAGUGAAUAUGAAAUAGAUCGAUCAUUUUUUAUACGUAUGAAAUGUGUUUUGGCUAAACGUAAUGCUGGUUUAACAGCAAGUGGUUUUAAAGUCAUACAUUGUUCGGGUUAUCUUAAAAUAAAACAAUUUAAUCUUGAUACAUUAUCAUGUUAUAGUUCAACAAAUAAUUUAAAUAGUACAGAAAAUUGUUAUCAAAAUGUUGGUCUUCUUGCAUAUGGAUAUUCAUUACCAAGUUGUUCAAUAACAGAAAUACGUCUUUAUUCUAAUAUGUUUAUGUUUCGUGCUGGACAAGAUUUAAAAUUAUUAUUUCUUGAUUCAAGAGUAGCACAAAUAACGGGAUAUGAGCCACAAGAUUUAGUUGAUAGAAGUUUGUAUCAUUAUGUACAUACACAAGAUUUAAUGGCAUUAAGAUGGGCUCAUCAAAUUUGUAAAUGGGAACAAUUUCCAAUUACUGUUGAUUCUCGUAGUGGUCAUUCAUUAAUUGGUCAUGGUUCAUCAUUGUAUAUUAUUGGUGGUCGUGCUGAUCAUCUAAUUCAACAUUAUACUGGUUUACCUGUUGAAAAUCCAAUUGUAUGUAAUAGUCUUUAUUCCGAUCUCAAACAAAUGAUGAAAUCAAAUAUAAUAACUCCAAUGAAAAAAUUACCAUCAACUCGAAAAGAUCAUACAAGUCUUGCAUGUGGUCCUGAUUUAGCAAUUAUCUAUGGUGGUGAAACAUUUGAUGGAAAAUUACGUGAACCAUCAAACGAAGUAUUUAUUGUCACACUUGGAACUCAUGAACAAUGGUAUAAUCUAGGUCAAAUUGAGUUUGGUCGACAAGGUCAUACAAUGGUUUGUUUAGAUGAUCGAUUAAUUGUACAUGGUGGUCUUGGAAAAAAUAGUGUGUGUAAUGAAACAUUUGUUAUUGAUCUCAUCAAAUAA